GAAAGAAUCAUUUUGAAUUAUAAACUCGAUGUGAACGGAUCGUUCGUCAGAGACCGUGAGUCAGAGAGUGGAAGUGCGCGAGGAGUGUGUGAGUGAGAAGUGUGAAGUAGAAAAGUUAAAGGCAAAGCGCACGAGUGCAGGAAGAGGAAAUCCCUGGUAGCCGUGUUUGUGAAGUGGAAAAAUACCCCUUUUCCAGUAUAACAACGGCGCCCACUUAUACACCAAUAAUAAUUGUAAGGAAAAGCGAUUGUCGCGUUGUGAGCAUAUAGACACGCACGCACGUACGCACGCAAUUUUGUUAUUGUCGUCGUUGCAGAAGCAAUACGGACAUUCGCUCCAGCGUUUGUGUAGACGAGGCUCCAGCCAAGGUCCAAGGCGUCGAUUUGGACACAAAACGGAACCGUGUCUAUGCAGUGAAGCGCUGAGGGAAGCUAACAAACAGCUUGUGUAGUGUUGUGCCGUGGAUAAUGCACGAAAAUCGCUCGACAGAGAGAGAAGCAAACAUAGUGUUAUUUUUUAGCAGUUAAAAUUAUUAGUAGUGUAGUAAUUGAACUACCAGCUCGCGUAUUUGGCACAUUUUCUUGAAUACAAAGCAAGGAACACGAAGCAAAAAAUCGUUACAAAAAAGCGUUCAGCAAACGACAGACAAACAGGGAGCGAGAGUGAGAGAGAAGCAGAAGCAAUAAGUCUUUUCCCCCAUUGUUGGGCAUUGUGUUCGCUCGCGCGCGCGUGUUUGUGUGGAUGUCCCUUUUCGCAAGGCACAUCGGUGUCUACAAUCUCGCCAGCGCGCACAUACACAGGGGGAAACAAAACAGCAGGCAAGCAGCAGCAGCAGCAGCAGCAGCGGCUGUGUGAAUAUUCCCAACGGGCUAGAGGCAAACGGGGUCAGAAACAACAGUGCUGUGAAAGAGCGACGGCAGCUGCACAUAGCAACCGUUUGUGCUGUGCAACAUAACAUCGCCCCGUCCCCUCCACCAUUAGGGUAGACGCGCUAACAACGGACGAACCACAGGGGCUAGACGAAAGGCGACGUUCGAGCCUUCUCUCCUCUCUCAUUCGCGGAUGUGCGCUGGUUGAACGAUCAUCUCUCGGAAGCGCCGUGCUCAGAUCGAACAGAAACGCGAGCCCACCUCACCCUCAGUGUGUGUGUAUUUCAGAAAAGGUGUAAAUGGUGGUGGCUUUUACUUAUUCCAUUCAAUAUAUUCUGUGAUAGUAAGCGAAUUGCCCCAACUAAUCGCGAAACAGUGCGAAACGCAACAGUGCUCUACAUGCGCUAGUUUUCUUUUCAUCGUUCAGUGAAAAAAGAAAAGAGGUGUGUGAGAGUGUGUGUGUGUAUACGUACACGACGCGUGAGCAUUUUGCGUGCCUGCAUUAGGAGCACUCGUCGUCGAUGCACAGUGCAUUUGUUCUUAUAAGAAGGCGCAUUCGGUGUACCCCGAGGGUAACAUUUUCGCAAGACAAUUGUGUUUGGCUGUACGGCAGGAGCGAAACAGCGAGCGGAGUCGACGCGCAAUUGUCGUGUGUGUAUAUGCAUGUGUGUAAAUAGACGUCACGUCCGAAACGGUCGAAAAAGUGAAAGUGCAAAAACACGGCAGGAACCAUACCUCCACCCACAAGAGAGAGCUGUGAAGAGAACGAGAGACUACUCCAGGCGCGAUGACAAACUCGCACAAUCGUAACGGCCGCAAUGCUGGUAGUGGUAACCAUGCCGAGCGGUACUUCCACAACCACAGCCCGCAGCAGCUGAGCCCUUCGACGCAGCAACAGCAGCAGCAGCAGCAGCAGCAUGGUGGCAACACCGGAAGCAAUGGCAAGCAGCAGCGUGGAGGAGGCCGCAGUCAGCGGUCACCGAGUGCGAACUACUUCCGUAGUAUUUUCUCCUCGUCCAACACAAUACCGAUAGUACAACAGCAGCAGCAGCAGCAGCAGAGGCAACCGUCGUAUUCACCCACCGGUGGACGAGGUGGUGGUGGUCGCCAUAGCAACAACAGCAGCAACAGCUCAAACAGCUUUAAUCAGCGCUCCAGUCCGAGCAGUAGCGGCAGCUUCCCGAUGAUGAUGUCCUCGCCGAUGGGAGCUGGUACGGCCGCCGGACCUGUAUCAGGUUCGCCGCCAAACUUUUCCCACUUUGCGGGCAGCAAGUGCUAUGAUGCACCCGCACCCACCGCGCUGCCGAAGCCUCCCGUCCACUGGACCGUCGGUGGCGGCAAUGGUAGCAGCAGCAGCAGCAGCAGCAGCACUACUAGCAUUAGCAGUUCCUUCUCGUCGAUGAUGAUGAUGGCGAGUGGCGGCGCCGUCGGGGGCGGAUCAUCCGUCCACACUUCGAUGGCCGGUGGCGCUAAUAGAAAGGGGGCGGCAGGAUCCUCCUCCAUCAACGUGGGGCUGAAGCAGCAGUACCACAGCCAGCAGCAGCAGCAGCAGCAGCAGACGCGACUGCGGACCAAGGCGAUGAAAUCGUGUGCAUCGGCUGCGGCCAAGGCAAGCAAUCGCCAUGCCGCUGCCUUCACGCACAAUCUGAAAACGAUUCUCAACGUGCAGGCUUAACAACCCGUCGUCACCGUAACAGCCAGCAGCAAUGGCAGACAGAGUAGCGGCAGUGGCAGUAGCAGAAACAGUCUCGAGCAAGUGAUGCGAGAGCAAGAUGAUGAUAAUACGAUAACGAUGACGACGAGCGUUGAAGGCGCUAGCGACAAGGAGCUAUCGACGAUACGGCUAGAAGAAGAUGCGCUACCGCUCACGGUGGUACGCCAGCGGAAACGGAAUCGACGGAGGAGAGCUAAGCAGCAACACCAGCUGCCCGCGAAAGCGACAGAUGUGAAGAAGCAGUAAAUGUGCCCAACUAUCCUCAUCCCCCUUUAAUUUGUGAGCGAUAGUGAGAGAAACUGGCGAGAAAUCAACAUUCAGUGACCUGCCAAGGAUUGCGCAGCAGGGAAAUAAUGCCCGUUCGUGGGUAUAUGGUUGGAAGAAAGUGAGUGGUUCGAUCAACUCCACGACACUACCACUCAUCCCUAGAGAGCAAAGCGCGCAGGGUCAUCCUGCAGAUGUGCCGUUGUGUCAUUGUGUGACAGUUUCUUCCUUUUAGGGAGCACCCGGCCGUCUCACAUACUGUGAGAAUACAAACCCCGUUCUGUUGCACCAAAAGGGGGUCGACCCUUUUCAAGCGCAGUACGCGGACGGUUUGGGAAGGUGUAAUUUCCUGUCGAAAUCUGGCUUGUGGUUUCUUCCCAUCAUCGAUCUACAACGUUGAAGAGAUAGAGAAUGGGAGAAGUGCGCUCAUCACACCCUUUGUGGUGCUGUGUUGUUGCUAAUGUAUGCAGAUACCGAUGUUGGUUGCGUUGGUUGCUAUCGUAACCGUCACCGCCGACGCCGCCGUAUGUCGCCUUCCGCAAAUUUGUCGACACGAUCAUCAUCAUCAUCAUCAGUGUACGAUCGUCGUUUGCACUGAGGUUGUAAAUGCUGCAUCUACCGCCUGCGCCUGACUGCGAGGAAGAAAGAAAGGAGAGAGUCAUCGGCAGCCGCAGAAGGCGGAGAUCAAGGUAGGAGUGCGUGGUAGGGAAGGAUAGGAGAAGGUAGGAGUAGUCUUACGUGUAUGUAUGUAAAGGAAUCCUUAUGACUAUAUGUGUUUUUUUUUUGUUUCGAACGUUCUGAUUUCGCGGUAUAUAAUGAUCCCAAGUUAAAACUUUUAUUUUGAACGAUCCAUUACGAUGUCGCGAUAAAAGUCGUACGAUAAUUAUAAAUGACAGAAGAAAGGGAACUAAAGAUAAAUGGUACAACCCUCCCCCACUAGCAGACGAGGUUGAAGUUGAGGGCAACAGCAAAGGACAUGCGUUAGCAGUGUGCUGUGUGUGUGUCUCGCUAAACACGGAUGAUGGGGUAGGCCGAAAUUUAAAGUACACAACGAUAGGAGAGGAAGAGCGAGAGACAAUGAAGAAGAGCUUUCGGUAUACAGACAAAAGCAUUCGUCAUGUGUGUGCAAGUGUCUCGCGGAAGGACAGGGUUAGGACAAAGAGAGGAAAACUGAUGGUGCAGGGUGCAUGGUUGGAGUGAUAAAACACGGAAAUUUAUCAGUAGGGCCAGCUAUUAGUGCCAGUAGUAGGUGAGACACGAGGCACACGAGAGACCAAAAGUGCGUACGGUUUUUUUUUUAGAAGAGGCAAGUCCUGAUAAUGUACUCUAGAGCACAGCGAUAGGCACACUCAAGCCUCUGAAAGGAAGCAAUCAUCAUCGUGUGUGGGUGUGGGUGGGUUUUUUUUUCUUUCGCAAACACAUGGUGUUUGGUGUAUUGGCUGCUGUGCCCAUGUAGCUAUAACUACGACGUUUUCCGUCGUUGCAUAGCGUUGCCAUACUCUCUCUUUCGUCGCCUUGUUAAGGACGGGGGAAGAGAAUGUCGGCCGCAGACGUUUGUGCAGCGAAAACAUUGUUGAAUUUUUUUCUUCUUUUAAUUAUCUUUUGCAUAAGAUAUAACCUUUAUACUUUUAGUGCGUUUUAUUCUAGUUGUACUACCUGUGUGCGUGUACUUUGUACGCCAAAUUGAGUUGGUGCCAAGCAUUGUGAUUUUCGGUCGGCUUAAGCAGCCGAUUGUUAAAAUUUUGAUUAACAUUGAUAACUUUUUCCUUUUUGUCUGUUUUGUAAACUACUACACGACCCCUUGGGGGCGAACAACGAAGGCAAUAAUGUUUUGGCGAUCCCUUCAAACCUAAUGCCUGGACACAUCCGUGCGCAUCAUUCCGAACGGAAGGUUCUCCGUGAUGGUGGUGGAGUGUGUGUGCAUCGUGUAUUGUUCACAACAGUUAUGCUCAAGCGAAGCGAAGCGGUACAUGUUUUGGGAUCCACACAACUGUUCCCUUUGUUUUGUUUCCUGGCUAAUAGCCGGACAAUGCAAACUUACUUCCAACGUGUUUCAGAGCCUUUCUCUGCCGCAACGUACCUUCCUUCCACAUUCGUACUAUUAUCGCCCAGUAGCGAAUACCUGUUCACUUCAAUUUGUACUUCUGUAAGCCCACCGCCCAGCAGCGAUGUGUAGAGUAUGGAGCAUAAUUUGGCAAAGUUGGAAACAUAAACCACCCAGGGCGUGUACACUAUGAUAUGGGACACGGGAGGGGAUAUUCCUGUUUCUCUUUCAUUUUGGACACUUACAAAUUAGUAUAUAAGUAGUUUUUUCCAGUCAGUCAGUCAGUUUGGAAAGUACCGAGACCCACAUACACACACACACACCCACGCACACAACUGUCCAACGGAUCGUAAUCGAUAAUAUGACGAUAAUGAGUGGACAGCAGAGGGUAAUGGAUUGUUGUCUUCUUUGUUUUUGCUUCUCUUUUUAAGAAAAAAAAACGGUGAUAUAAAUUUGAAUUUUAAGAAACAGAUUUUCUAUGCUAAUGAAGAUGAGAGGAUCUCCCGCGCGCGUCCGUUCACGCACAGCAACCAGACUCACUUACACGCACAGGUGUAUUACGGUGCACUUCGAUGUGUGUAAAAUUAGAAUGAAGGAUACAUGGUGGAGUGUUGCUGCGCGCGCGGGUGUGUUUAUAUUAUCUGACGUGAGGAAGGAAACCAGUUUCAAUUGUACAAAGGAUAUAUUAUAUAUAUACAUUAAAAAAAAAACACAAACAAAAUUUGCACACAUUCAGAGACAGAAGAUGUAGAUGAAUCAACAGCAGCGAAAGAGUCGAACCGAGGGAGUAAAAACUGUGGUAGGAGAGAAAACAGUCGUAAUGUGUUGUUUGCUGUGUCGUUAACUGAGGCAAUCGUGAGUUGGUUGGGUCUUAGGUUCUCGAUGGGAUUGGCAGCAAAAUGGGAGUUUGUUUGGGCGAAAGAGAUGUAAACACACCAGAGCAUAUUAGCUCACAAAUCACCAUACUGGUGAAAAUUGGCGAAUUUGAAAGCUGUAACGUAGAAUCAUUUGACCAUCAUCUCGCCUCCUAUCGUGGCGAGAAAAAGUGCAGAAUGUGGUACCGGGUACAGGUACUAUUAAAUUGGAAUUUCCAAAUUUCUUUUUUUUUUUCUUAGCAAAAUGUAUACCCGGUUUUGCUCUAUUUGUGAUAUUCAGCCUUGAGAACUUAGUGAACUUUUGUAGGCUGUUUUUGAAAAUGUCCCUCGAAUUUGUUUGGCAAUGCAGACAUUAUAGAUAUCGUUUGCAUUUGUACAAAAGUACCUGUAAAUAUUUAAAAUUACUUCAGAAGGAAAAUAAUCUACCUUUUUGGGCAAUAUCUUUUCAUUCCGUAAAUAUCUAUAACCCCAGAUGAAGUGCAACAACUUGGUAGAUACGUCUGUAUCUAGUUCCUUUUAGUACGUCAAUGCCUUUUUUGCAUCGACAGGUGCAAAAAUUGUAUUCGUAUUAGUGUCACGCAAUAUUAUUAUUUUGCCCUUGAGAUGCAAUAUUCUUUUUACUUCUAAAUCUAGCUCUACAUAGAUUGUCUUGUUUUGUGACAAUGCGUAUCUUUAGCAUAUCAAAUUUUGCCCAUCGGUAUUUCACUAAUUGGACGAUACAAAUAAUAUGUGCAGCGUGACCAAGAUGAAGAGACAGAGUGAGAGAAAAGAACAACUCCGCUACAAAAGCAACAACCAAUCCCAUCCAGUCCCAAACACAUCGAAGAACGGGGCGGGAUCAACGCAUUGCUCGAUGCAAAGUGCAAAGUAGAGGCAGCAGCAAUCGCAGUACAAAAACUCAAACCAACACUAAGCGCGCUGUAUGUUUUACACUAGGGGGGAAUACGAGGUGGUAAGGAGCGGGUGGUGCUGGGUGUUAUUUGAUGGGCUCUAGAGAUGCAACGAUCAUGCAAUGAGAAUGCAAUGAAGGAGCAGAGUCGGCACUAACGACUAACAGUUAUGUUGGUGUGCUUUUAGGUCCUGGAAAUGAAACUCCCAUAUCCUCCUUUUCUCUUGAUUAUCACCAUCACCCCCUCCCCCCCCCCCCCCCCCCCCCCACCCACCUGCAGUGAAUUGGAGGCACUAAGUGUGUUGUUAUUACUCAAAUUGCUUGGUGUCUGUGUGUUGUGGUCCGUGUUAAAAUUAACUCAACUGAAAACAGACAGAAUGGAAAUGCAUGCUAAUCUGAAGGAAAUUACGAAGCACCCCCGAGCGGAAGCGCGGGAGUUCUUUUGGGUGGACAAAUUUGUGAUGUUGUGACGAUAGUUGGAGCAGGUGCGCGUAUGUGCGUGUGUGUGUGUGUGUGCGGGUCUUUAUGGAACCAUAUUUACCAUCGUGUUCCUCCCCCAGUUACGUUCUCCUAACAUUGUUAGGCCACAUUGUAGCAAUUCAAUUUUACAACGAAAUGUUAUUUUUUCUCGCCGAACAAAAGGAUGAGAAGAUUAGUUCGCAAAGGGUCAAAACAACGGUGUGUAAAAGAGCAUUGCUGUUGUGUUAAAAGAAACAAUCUUUAAAAUAUUUGGGUGGCGUUUGGUUCAUUCCUUUAGAAGGUUUAGUUUUCCUUUUUCUUCGCUCUAUCGUUUUUUUUUUUAAUUUAAAAUUAUUUUUCCCCCAAACUUCUUUCCUCAAACGAAUCAAAAAAGGUGAUAUAGUAUCAAGUGCAAUUUCAUCCCCCCAAUAUGCUUCUGCUUCCUGUCUCCACUUCAAAAAUUAGAACAAAUUCCAAGCUUUUCCAAUCCACCCGUGUGUGGUCCUUUGCUACACAACCCUAAAGUUCUGGAAGUGUUAGAUAAAAUUCUCCCCCAGCUACUGCGUCCUUUAUCCUCCCGUAGUCGUAGUUUGUUCAUUCGAUUGCAAUACUUUGAUUAUACACAAUUAAAAUAAUAAUUUCGUUUAUUUUUCGGGCCCAUUUGUUGUCCAACGCAAAAGCUGUGAGACAACAUCCCCGUGAUCUCAAUUGAUUGUGAUCUAAAAACUAAACCAUGAUGGAGGUGGUGUGCGUUUGUGUUGUCUUUUGCGGUAGGGGUAAAGCUUAUCUCGAGUUGUGAGAGCGAAUAGUGCAGAAAAAACAAAUAGAAAGAAGGAUCGUGAGACUGCAGACAGACGAAGCAUUUUUAGUAAAAUAAGAAACAGGCAGCUUUGAACCCAAAUUACCCAAGUGCGUGCCUGGGGGGGAACUGUUACGGUUUCCAUUCCAGUCUGCAGUUCUCGCGUAAAUUUGAACCCUUCGGCGCACUAUGAACUUUUGCCGCGGGAACGGACCAGGGAGCAUUUUACAUUUCAAACGAUACUUGGACGCGAACAGACGAUUUAAUCAAUCUAAAUGUUUUUUUCACGAUUGCUGGUAAGUGGUGCUAUUAGAAUGGGAUGUUUUGAUACACCAUUGCGUGUUAAAAUCAAAUAGUGUGUAAUACAUACACAAAUUGAUACAUUUUAACAAACCUCGGUGUGCCAAUACAAACAUCUUAAUGUAGCAUAAACACCCGAAGCGAUUAACACCAUCAAGGAAGUCAAGAAGGGUUUUGUGAAUGACAAAAUUUUGUGCCUGAGAGUGCUUGAGAAACAAUCUACGCUACGGUACCGAUUUUUCUAUUGCCUAGAAAACUGAAAGGAUCGUUUGGAAGAUGGGUUUCGAAGGAAGUAUCUUGGGAGCAGGGAGAGUAGUAUCAUUUCUCCGCGAUCCUCGCGUCCAGCUCGUUUGAAGUGUGGUGAUGCUUCUGCAACCAUCAAUACCGCUACCAUAAAAAAAGACACGCUAGAAAAAAGACGCCCCUCUUUAGUGACCAGUCCGGAUCAUACAAUGUUUUGCUUCUUUUUUUUAUUUGUUAUCUUAUAAUUCUAACUAUAAUUUUCGUACAUCCUCUUUCAUGUACACACAUACACGCGCCUCAUAGAUGUAAUAGUUCUUACGUCUUUUUUUGGCCGGUUUCAUUUUGUUUUCUCUCUCCUUACCGUCAUCUCCAUGCCGGUUCAACAACAUCCUUGCCUUGUGUUGACAGAAUGCUCAUCGCAACGAAUCAAGUAAAAAAGUACAAAAAAUAUUUUUUUUAUAUAGUUCUUUUAUUUUUUGCUUUGCUCAUUUCCUUCCUUCCUUCAUAACUAUUCAUUUAAUUACAUUUCAUUACAAAACAUAUCAAUAGUGUAUUGUCACUAAAAGGUGGAAUUACUUGUAGUCGAAUUUCUCGAUAUGUAAAACUGGAACUUUUAGGUCGAUCUUCAUUUCAUUAUUCCUUGCGUUGAACAUCACCAUUGUUUUUCUUUUUAUUGAAUUCCUGAAUUGUCGGUACCUGAAUAUUGAUGGCUAAGCCUGAGUGUGUGCCAUUCUAUUUAAUCGUUUGCAUUGGAAAAUAUCUUCAUCCUCCCAUACACAUAUUCAUUUAUUUCUCCAACCAUUCUAUUUCAUUUAUCUCAUUUUCAAAGAUAUUAUAAAGGACUGAAAAAAUACAAAAAAAAACAGUUGAUCGUUUUCGUUGAAAUUCUGCUUUUAACAACACACACACAACGAUUGGAUCGGCAUGGAGAGGACCCGUAUCUAUUUGUUUUAUUAAAUUCAUCAACGUUCCUCGUUGUGACCGUUUUUCCUUAUUUUGGGCGAGCGAGUAACAGGCUAGUCCAUCGCGAGCAAAACCCUUGUAGGUAAAAAGGCGUUACACAAACAUUUGCGCGAACCAAAUAGGGACGAGGAGAAGAAAAUAUAAUGAUUUUAUCAUUCGCAACGUAACGUUUAUGGUACACACGUAAUACCAAAUCAACCAAGAGAGAGACAGUCUAGCGCGCGCGUGGGUGUGUGUAGAGGAGAGAGAAUGGACAAAACACUAUUAUAUAAAUAUACACCUUUAGUAGAGUGUGGAUUUGAAAAAAAAACUAAAACCAAACGAAGCCGCCAAGCCAGAAGAGAAGAAAAAGGACAUUUUGAAUGGAAUAUCCGGUUGUGUGCCACUAGAAAAUAAUGAUGGUUCUCAUGGAGAAACUUGCUUGAUAAGUUGAAUGAGAUAAAAAGAGAGAGAGAGUGUGUCGUUGAGUGCGAUGAGAACUGUCGUUGCGUUGUGGUGUGUCCCCCGACACCUUGUGUGUGUGUGUGUUUUUGUGUGUCUUAACUGUGCUGUUGGCUUUCUUCAGCCCAGCCUGGUCUACACCCCACAAGACCAAGGUAGGCCGGGCCCGAAGCCUGCGAAGCAGAUGAAGCAUUUUUUCCGUUAUGGUUUUUUUUUGUAUUUAGAAUUUAGAACCUUAAGGCUUCGAGUACUUCGUUCUGUAUAUUACAGAGCGCGUAAGGAGGGUACACUGCUAGAAGGGAACGAACGUUUCGUGGUACUGAAUUUGAGGGCCUACCCAAUGUACAGUCCCGUAACGGGCUGUUUCCCAACUCCCCUAGAAUUAGGGGGUCGUCGUCGUCCUUCCGGGCUCCUAGCGGUAAAGCGCUUUGUUGGCGUACGAGAAAGUGACAACAUCUGCCACAUACGCGGGGAAAGUCGAUUUUCUUGUUCGAUGUGAAAAAGAACGAAACGAUUGACCAAGUAUUAAACCGUCUGCUUCGCAGGCGCGCUUCGUGCCCGGGCUUGCUGUUCGGUACGUAGGGUAGUGCAUCACUCCCUUUGUGGGAGAAUCGCACUGAGACAUUGAUUUCCAUUGAUGAGAGAAGCGGCCAUACACAAUAGCGGACCGUUUCGCCGUCGUUGGAAAAAUGGCCACACUUAACGCGCUACAGGGAAAGGUGGGCAGUUCUCGGCCGAACCAACAUACUAGAAACCUACAGAGAGAGCCCAACAAAGAAAAGAACUCUAUUAUACCCGCUCACCACCACACACAUACAUACACCGUUGCAACCAAUUUUUAGCCUAAACCGUAAAGAAAAAUAGACAUACGAAGAGAAGUUUCAAUAGUACCAACAAAACGGAUGGGUGGGUCGGAUGAUAUACGUAUCUUAUGUGCAGUAAAAUAGAGCAAAACUGAUACACAUCACCCAUCACACACACACACAAAUCACAACUCCAAAUGACGACGGUGUAUAUUGUGCAUGCCAAGUGUAUUUGAAACGAUAAAAGCAAGCAACAACAAAAACCGACCGAGUCUUAGAAGUAUAAUAUUAAUGUUAAAUUCGAAACUGCUAGUGGGUGGUACUAAGCAUAAGUGAAGACAGUAGAGCAGCAGCUGCAGCAGUGGCAAUGCAGCGAGAGAGAGAUAGAGAGUGGUAAAGGGAGAGCAAGAAGUGAGAGUAAACAAAAAAAAACAACACAGAAGAAGUCAGAGAAGAAGGCUAAAGAAACAAUUGUACAGUCAAAAGCAGCAAAACAAAUCGAUUUGAUAUCAUUGCGUGUGCGUGUGUGCAAAACUAAACAGGAAGUGUAGUAGAGCCUCGAAGUUCGAGACACACAGGGUUCGAGCUAAGUAAUAGCAAAACAAAACUGCGAAAAUAACCGUAAAAUCAAGAUUUAGAAAUGUUUGUAAUUGUUCUGUGAUCCCCCUUUAACUGAUUUACGGUUUUGCUGUCUGCUUGAUCCGACUCCCGCUUGGGCGGUGAAAGUGAAGAUCCAAACACUACACACAAUCAGCACAGAGGGGGUGGGGUGGUGGGGAUGUGCAACCCCCGCCAUAUGUCCACAACAGCAUACAGGGUACGCGGGAAUGUACGGUCCUUUGCAAUACGCGACAGACACCACACGCACGUGGUGUCAACAUCUGUUUGUAUAGCCUGUACUUCCUGCCCGUACAUACGUAUGUAUGUGUGGUUGUGUGUGUGUGCAUUUUAAAGAAAAUAUAGUUGUGAAAAUAUAGGUAAAACAAAAUAGACAAGGGGGGGAAGACCGAGUGUUGUACGCUCAAAGGGGAGACGGGAUCAAAAAGGCAGCGCAACCAUCAUCAAUUUAAAGAAACAACAAUUGUAUGAAACAACAAUAACAAGGAAAAUCCACACUACACACAUAAAACCUUAUACUUGAUCAUCAUUGCAAUCAUAUUUUGUGUAACAAUAAGAAGAAGAAAAACACACAGAAAAUUGGAGCGAAGAAUUGAAUGUGAAACUUUGUACGAAAAAGGAUACGCAACAAAAUGCCGUAAAAUGGGGUUUGCAGACGGCAUAUCAUUAUGCAGCAAAUAAUUAUGGUGGCAUAAUACCACACAACAAAUCACACUCUUGUCAUCAGCUCAUCACCUUUUCCUUUUGACCGUAAUAUCAUACUUACAUUUUACCGAAGAGAGUUCCCCGCCUGGUGACGUCAAAUCUGUAGCAUAUAAACUUUAAAAAAACUUACCUGCAAUAAAUGCUCACCCACAGAUACACAGUUAGAGGUUAUGGUUUCUGUUGCUAACACCAGGGCUAGUGCGCCCAACCGGCGGCCACGUACAUUCUCAAUUUGAACUGCUAGUAUUUUGGUCUUGCAAUACCUUCCGCAACGAGCAACAAUAACUGCUUAGGUUGUUGUUGCUUCUCUCUCACUUUCCUUUUGCGUACAUUUAAACUGCUUUUGUUAUCUAAAAAUUAAAAACCAUCAAAAUCUUAUUGCAAUAUUAUCCAUACAAGAUUACCACAUUUUUCAAUAAAUGACACGUUUACGGGCCACGGUCCGGGGCUAGCCACAGGAGUCGGUGUGUUAUCGCAGAACCACACUUUUACACACAAAUAGCAACACAUUCACACUCAUCACACACACGGAAUAACGAUAAAAAACCAUUGCUCCAAAGUUUCAAUGUCAAAUUAACCAAAUUAAAAAGUGCAUGUAGAGAAACGAAACAAAAAUCGCCCCCCGCUCGCGCCGUAAAGCAGCGAGGGAGCGUGAAGAGGAGUGCGAAGGAGGGCGACGUAGCGCCAAAUGUAUUGUGUUGUGUGUCUGCCGGUGGGGCGAGGAGGCACACUGCUCACCCACUGCGCAACUACCACCCACAGAGGAGAGACAGAUUGCGCGCUCGGUUUCCCUUUGCUCUGUAAGGUGUGAUGUGUUUAUAACAACUAGUAGUGUUUAAUAAUCGGCUGAAAUGUAUACACAAAUUGUUCAAAUUUACCGUCUCUCUCUUUAAACCAUACAUUUGCUUGGAAAAAUGUCUAAAAAAGCUACUAGCUUGAUUUUAUUUCCCAGCCAUCAUUUUGGCUCUCAAACAUCCCCGAUGCAUUUGUGCUAGAUUCUUUGUACCUAAAAUACUUUAAUUUUGUUUGCGUUUUUCUUAAUCUUCUUAGACAAAAAUCAUGGAAUAUAUAAAUAUGUAAACAGAAACACACUAAAAUGCAAAUUAAAUAACAUACGGGCAGGAUUUCGCAUUGCAAAACAUAGAGCGAGAGAAGAGUGCUUGGACUCGUUUCGUAUUAAUUUUCCAACCCGUAUUUUCUAAAUCAAACUCUCCCUCCUUCUCCACUCAGUCGUCAUAUGAAUACUGCGCGGCAUCCAUAUACCCUACCCCCCUUACAAUCAACGCAAAAUCUUUUUUAGGGAACAAGAAACACAAAGAAAGCAGCAAAUAAUAAGGAUACGCUCAGGAGAAAACCGAGAAAGCAAUAGGCAGAGCAGGAAGCAGACGAAAGCGUAGAAUGAAUGGCGUUUUUUGAUUAAUACAAAGCAAAAUAUGCAGUAUAAUAGCAGAUCUGGCAGCAGAUCUAGAAAGCACAGAAAACGGACGAGGAAGAAACAUUAGAAAGAAACACACACACAAACACAAAACUCAGUUGUAAAAUUUCCAUUUUUCAAUUUUUGUACGAAAAGAUCGAAGUAGAGUACCAAAACAAAAAGAAACAAAAAAUAGCACAUUAAUGCUCUACUUCGCAAAAUCCUACAAUCAAAAGAAAAAAAGAAAA